AUGGCAGAUCCAGACACCGACGGGCACAGCGGGAACGUAUCAGACCCAAAUGAUGCCAGCGGAGAGGAGAUUGCAGACGGCCGUCUGCUGGUGACCGGAAGCCUCGGAGGACACGGAGACGUUGCGCAGGGAGAGGUGAACCCUUCGCCAACUACCAUCGAUGAACACGUAGAUCUGAAGCCGAAUUUGAAGCAGCGGGUGGUUCUGAGUCACAUGAGGGCCGAGUUAUGGACGGCCGAGCUGGACGCCGCUCUCGACCGGUUCGCCUCGGACGUCACGCAGCAGACGCUCUCGGUGUACUUUGACCCUCACUGCGGGCUCCGUGUAGAGGCAAACAUGCCUGCGCAGGACGUGGACCAGCUUGUGUAUUUUAUCCGUAAAGAUCGCUCCUCCCUGACCCCCGAGAACCUGGAGGACACGCUCCAGUAUGGCUCCGCGAGAGGCUCCUACACUGUGGCCCUUCUGCGUCUCAUGAAUGGGAUCUACGCCCCGUACAUAUUCAGUAACACCUCAUGGCUGGAGAGCAUCCGCAACAACUUCUCCGCUCACGUGCACCGCUUUUUAGCCGCCCUCACAGACACUCGGUACAAGCUUCAGGGACACACUGUCCUCUACAUCCCUAUGGAAGCCAUGGACCUAGAUCCUCAGGCGGCCAUUAAAGACAAGGAAUUGGUGCAGAGACUUGAAACCGCCAUGGUCCACUGGACGCGGCAGAUCAAGGAGGUUCUGAGCGCACAGGAGGCCGUGGAGAUGGGAGAAAGUUCAGGACCUCUUGAGGAGAUCGAGUUUUGGAGAAGCAGGUGCAUGGACCUAUCAGGCAUCAGCCAGCAGCUGGACAAGCCGGGGGUCAAGCAUAUCGAGCAGAUCCUGGAGCUGGCCAAGUCCUCUUAUGUAGGACCGUUUCAGAAAUUAUCCAAGCAGAUCCAAGACGGGUCGCUCCAGGCACAGUCCAACCUCACCUUCCUAUCGUUGCUGAAGGCACCAUUCGAAGAGUUGACAUCGCUCAGCUUGAAGGACAUCCCAUCAAAAUUCCCACAUCUCCUUAGCUUGAUCCGGAUCAUCUGGGUCAACUCUCCCUUUUACAACACCAGGGAACGGCUCACCUCCCUCUUCCGCAAGGUGAGCAACGAGCUGAUCCGCCUGUGCUGCCGGCAGGUCUCCCUGGACCAAAUCUUCGACGGAUACGUAACGUCGAGUAGAGAGAUCCUGAACGAGUGCAUCCUGUGCUGCGCGGCUUGGAAGGAGAGCUACCUGAGGGCUUCCCAAGUACAUCAAAGGUUUUCACAGACAGGGUGGGUUUUGGAUCACACGAGCAUCUUCGCGCAGGUGGACGCGUUUAUACAGCGCUGCAGAGAUCUCCUGGAGGUUUGCUUGUGCCAGCAACAGUUUGGCCGCUGGGAAAAUGGAACACAGACCCCUCUCCCAUGCUUCCCUGGGCAAAGCGGCCCUCAGAUCACCCGAAGCCUGCUGGAGAUUGAGGAGACCUUUCAUAAGAACCUUCUUACCCUUAAGUCUGUGAAGAAGACAAUCCUGGAUGUGAAGAACACUUCAUGGCACGAGGACUAUAACAGGUUUCGAGCUGGCGUCAAGGACCUGGAGGUGAUGAUGCAGAACCUGAUCACAACAGCCUUCCAGACAGUACGUGGUGUGGAGCACGGAGUGGAGCUCCUCGACGUUUUCUACCAUCUGUCAGCCCGAGAAGCCAUAAAGCGGACAUUUGAUAAGAAGACGGUGGAGGUUUACGAGAUGUUCAAGGAAGAGCUGGAUCUGGUUAACAAGGAGCUGGGAAAGAAGAUCCCUACCGUGCCCCGGCACAUGUGCCGAUAUUCCGGACAAGCACACUGGGUCCGCUUCCUAAGGCGCCGCAUUGACAGAGCUAUGGAGUGUCUGUCUAAUGCCCACUUCAUGCCACGUACCGGUGCCGGUGAGGAGAGCAUGCAGGAGUACCAGCAGCUGGUGCAGAAGCUGGAUGAACUGGUGAGAAAGAUCUUCACAGAAUGGUCCCAAGCAGCAGACAAGCAGGCUCUGAAGCGGCUGGACACCCCGCUCAUGGCCCGCAGCCAGGAGAAGGUCGGCAUGCUGGACCUAAACUUCGACAAGAGUCUGCUCAAGUUGUUUGUUGAGAUUCACUACUGGGAACGGCUCCAGUUCGAGAUCCCCCACUACCUGGUGGAGAUUUAUCAGAAGAAGGAAGAUCUCCGGAACCUGCGGGAGAAUGUGCUUCUGGUGGUCAGGGCAUACAACAGGAUUAUAGCUGCGCUGUCCCCCGAGGAGCGGAGUUUGUUCAGGGAGAGAAUACGCUUCUUGGAUAAAAAGGUCCAGCCUGGUCUCACCAAACUGCACUGGUCAUCCAAGGGGAUGCCGAACGUCUUCAUAAACGAGUGUCUGAUGCACGCAAGCAAGAUCCAGCAGAUUGUGGAUAAUUUCAAGCUUUCCAACCUGAACAUCACCCGCUGCGCGCGGCUGAUCAGCGAAACGCUGCUGCUCCACAUUGACGGAAAGAGGGUCUUCAGAGAUCUAGAGUUCCAGGAAGUACAGGAGGAACACCGGAGGAGCGCCCAGAGCCGGCUGCAGAACCUCCACGAGGAGAUCUGCAAGGUCAUGAGGUCCACUUAUGAGGUCUUCAAAGCUGAUGGACCUGAGGUACAACAACACUGGAUGAAUUACACUGAGAAGAUGGAUCGACUGGUGGAAGAAGCCUUCAGACUGAACAUCAAAUGGUCUCUUCAGGAGCUUUCAAAAGCCAUCAACGGGGAUAGCAAAACCACACAAAGCCCCCUGUUCAGGGUUAUGGUCAUACUGCAAAACGACUUCCCCGGAGCAACUGCCGAGGUGGAGUUCUCCCCUACCCUACUGCAGCUUGCGACCAUCGUGAACAGCGUCUGCAGUGAAAUCUUCACCACGGUGUCCUGUUUUAAGAGGCUGCCGGAUAUACUGACCUGGAAGAAAUCCCAGAGGGAGCCUAUACACAGCAUUGUGGAGAGAGACGAGGAAAUAAAGAAGAUCCAGGCUCAGAUCAGCGGGGGUAUGUCUGCCAACGCGGCCCUUCUGCAGGCAUACCUAAAAACCUGGGACCCAUUCAAGAUGAUCUGGGAGUUGAAUAAGGAUAUGCUAAUUCGCCGCUAUCAGCGCCUCAACCCAAUGGUUUCUUCAUUUGAUGCUGACAUUGGUCGGUACACGGAGCUUGCCAACAACGUUCAGAAGCAGGAGACAGUGCAAACCAUCCAGUUUGUGUUGCUGGACUGCAGUCACCUGAAAUACGCCCUGGUCCAACACUGCCACGAGUGGCAGAACAAGUUCACUGAUCUUCUGAGGCACAUGGCGACCGAGAAACUCAUGGAACUGCACUCGUACCUGAAAGACAAUGCAGACAAAGUUAUUCAGCCUCCCCAAACUUUGGAGGAGCUGGCUCGCAGUCUAGAGCUCUACGAUACCCUGCAGGGGGAACUUUCCAAGCUGGAGGGACAGAUCAUGCCCAUCCACGAGCAGUUUGCCAUUCUGGAGAAGUAUGAAGUUGUAGUAGAAGAGAAUGUUCUGCAGACGCUGAGCUCUUUGAACGGAGCGUGGCUGUCCUUCCAGCAGAGUCUCGUAGACGGGGAGUCCAUGCUGAAGAAGUACAAGGAGAAGUUCAAGAACAGCCUGAUCCACACGGCUGAGGAGUUCAAGAAGAAGACCCGCUCAAUGCUGGAGGAGUUUUCUGGCAGUGGUCCGUUCUCCAGCUCGGUGGGCUGUGACCUUGCCUUGGAGCAGAUCGCUAUGACCCGUCAAACAAUGAACACAUUGAAGGAGGAGGAGAACAGCAUCCGCUCUGGACUCAGCAUGUUCAAGAUCGAGCAGCCAGCGUCCAAAGACCUUCAGGCCCUGGAAAAGGACCUGGACUCCAUCCAGUUGGUAUGGGAGGCCACCCAAGAGUGGAAAGAGCACUGGGGUGAGUGGAAGUCGGGCCGCUUCCUCACCCUGAAAACCGAGGUUAUGGAGAACACGGCACAGGGCCUGUACAGGAGACUGACCAAACUGAGCAGGGAGCUGAAGGAUAAAAACUGGGAGGUGGUGGAGACCUCGAGGGUCCGUAUCGACCAUUUCAAGAGAACCAUGCCCCUUAUUUCCGAUUUAAGGAACCCAGCGCUUCGCGAGAGGCACUGGAAUCAAGUGAAGAAGGAGACACAAGGGACGUUUGACCAUACAGCCGAGGACUUCACGCUGGAGAAAAUUGUGGCGCUCGGACUAGAUCAGCACGUGGAGAAGAUCAGCGAGAUAUCCACCGCCGCCACGAAGGAGCUGUCCAUCGAAGAGGCCCUCGAGCAUAUCUCGAAGACCUGGGAGGUGACCGUGCUGGACAUCGUGCCGCACAAAGACAAAGGCCACCAUCGGCUGAGAGGGACCGAUGAAGUCUUCCAGGCGUUAGAAGACAACCAAGUUAGUCUCUCCACCAUGAAGGCGUCCCCUUUUGUGAAGGCCUUCGAGCACGACGUGGACAGAUGGGAGCGCUGCCUGUCUCACAUCCUGGAGGCCACAGAGAUGAUUCUUACGGUACAGAGGCAGUGGCUGUACCUAGAGAACAUCUUCCUGGGUGAGGACAUCAGGAAGCAGCUGCCCCAAGAGUCCGCAGAAUUUGAUGAGAUAAAUAUGAGUUGGAAAACAAUAAUGAAUCGAUUGGACAAGGAUAACAACGCCCUGCGCGGCACCCAUCACCCAGGACUUCUGGAGAAGCUGGGUGAAAUGAACAGUGUCUUAGAAGGAAUACAGAAGUCUCUGGAUAUGUACCUGGAGACCAAACGUCACAUCUUCCCCAGGUUCUACUUCUUGUCCAACGACGACCUGCUUGAGAUCUUGGGUCAGUCGCGGAACCCUGACGCCGUCCAGCCACAUCUGAAGAAGUGCUUUGACAACAUUAAGUCGCUGAAGAUCCAGAAGGUUGGAAUCGGCAGCAAGUCUGAAGCAGCGGGCAUGUACUCGGCUGAGGGGGAGUACGUGGAGUUCACACACCCGGUGCUGCUGGAGGGUCCCGUGGAGGCCUGGCUGUGCGAUGUUGAAAGGACCAUGCGUUGGACGUUAAAAGACCUCCUCAGAAACUGCAGGCUGGCCCUCAAGAAGAUGAGCAGCAAGAGGGAUAAGUGGGUGAAGGAGUGGGCAGGACAGGUGCUGAUAACUUCUAGUCAAAUCCAGUGGACCUCGGAUGUCACCAGAUCUCUGAUAUCAGCCAAGGAACGCGCGGACAAGAAGAUACUCAAGAUCAUGAAGAAAAAGCAGGUGUCCAUGCUCAACAAGUACUCGGAAGCCAUCCGUGGCAACCUGACCAAAAUCCUGCGCCUGAAGCUCGUGGCCCUGGUCACGGUGGAAGUCCACGCCAGGGACGUCAUUGACAAAAUGCUGAAGAGCGGCUGCAUGGACGUGGCUUCAUUCGAGUGGCUUAGCCAGCUGCGCCUCUACUGGGACAAGGAUCUCGACGACUGUCUCAUUCGACAGACUAAUACUCAGUUCCAGUAUGGCUACGAGUAUCUGGGGAACUCGGGCCGUCUCGUGAUCACUCCUCUAACAGACAGGUGUUACAUGACCCUCACCACCGCUCUUCACCUGCACCGAGGGGGCUCUCCGAAGGGGCCAGCAGGCACGGGUAAAACAGAGACGGUGAAGGACUUGGGUAAAGCCCUGGGCAUGUAUGUCAUCGUGGUGAACUGCUCCGAAGGGCUCGAUUUUAAAUCCAUGGGCAGGAUGUUCUCCGGCUUGGCUCAGACUGGAGCCUGGGGCUGCUUCGAUGAGUUUAAUCGCAUCAAUAUCGAGGUCCUGUCGGUGGUCGCCCAGCAGAUCCUGUCCAUCUUGUCCGCCCUCUCAGCCAACGUAACCCGGUUUAUUUUUGAGGGUCGAGAAAUCAAGCUGGUGUGGUCCUGCGGCAUCUUCAUCACCAUGAAUCCAGGUUACGCCGGGCGGACGGAACUACCCGAUAACCUGAAGUCCAUGUUCAGGCCCAUCUCCAUGGUGGUACCAGAUUCAACACUCAUCGCCGAGAUCAUCCUAUUCGGGGAAGGAUUUAACAACUGCAAGCUUCUGGCCAAGAAGGUCUACACCCUGUACUCUCUGGCCAUGCAGCAGCUGUCCAAGCAAGACCAUUACGACUUCGGUCUCAGAGCUCUGACGUCGCUGCUCCGCUACGCUGGCCGAAAGCGCAGGCUGCAAGCGGACCUUUCCGACGAGGAGGUUCUGAUCAUGUCUAUGAAGGACAUGAAUGUCGCGAAGCUGACCUCGGCGGACCUGCCUUUGUUCAACGGCAUCAUGCAGGACCUGUUCCCUGGGAUCGAGGCGCCUUCUGUCCACUAUGGCAAUCUGCGGGAGCAGAUCGAGCGGGAGCUGAGAGGUUCUGGCAUGCAGGUCACCCCUUUCGCCGUCACCAAAGUAACCCAGCUGUACGAGACCAAGAGCUCCCGUCACUCCUGCAUGAUCGUGGGGAGGACCUGCAGCGGCAAGACGACCACCUGGCGCUGCCUGCAGAAGACGCUCUCUGCCCUCCACCGGAGCGGUGACACCAACUACAACCUUGUGCGGGAUUUUCCACUAAACCCCAAGGCGGUAUCGUUGGGAGAGCUGUAUGGAGAAUACGAUCUUACAACCAAUGAAUGGACAGAUGGAGUCCUAUCCAGUCUUAUGAGGACAGCAUGCGCAGAUGACCGUCCGGAUGAGAAGUGGAUUGUGUUUGAUGGUCCGGUUGACACUCUGUGGAUUGAGAGCAUGAACUCCGUGAUGGAUGAUAAUAAAGUUCUGACUCUGAUCAAUGGAGAGAGGAUAGCCAUGCCGGAGCAGGUUUCCCUUCUGUUUGAAGUCUCCGAUCUAGCCGUGGCCUCGCCUGCGACCGUAUCACGUUGCGGGAUGGUGUACACGGACUAUACCAGCCUGGGCUGGAGGCCCUACGUACGGUCAUGGCUGGAGAAACGAAACAAGGUGGAAUCCGAGACUCUGCAGCGCAUGUUCGAUAAAUACGUAGACAGAACGUUGGAGUUUAGGAAAUUAAAUUGUAAAGAGCUGGUUCCUCAGGAGGACACCUGUGGCGUCAUCUCCCUGUGCAAGCUUUAUGAGUCACUGGCGACAGUGGAGAACGGGGUGAAUCCGUCCGACUCCGACAAUUACAGCCGGAUGGCAGAGCUGUGGUUCGUGUUCUGUCUCGUGUGGUCGGUCUGUGCAUCCGUGGACGAGGACGGACGGAGGAAGAUUGAUAAUUACCUGCGGGAGCUGGAGGGCAGCUUCCCAAACAAGGACACCGUGUACGAGUACUACGUGGACCCCAAAACCAAGAACUGGGCCUCCUUUGAGGACAAACUUCCCAAGAGUUGGAGAAUCCCCCCUAACGCUCCAUUCUAUAAGAUUAUGGUGCCCACGGUGGACACGGUUCGAUACCAGUUCAUCGUCAACUCUCUGGUAUCUCACCAGUGGCCAGUCUUGUUGGUGGGGCCGGUGGGCACCGGAAAGACCUCGAUUGCCCAGAGCGUCCUGCAGACCCUUGACCCAAGCAAAUGGUCAAUGCUGACCAUCAACAUGUCUGCGCAGACAACCUCCAGCAACGUACAAAACAUCAUCGAGAGCCGGGUGGAGAAGCGGACGAAGGGCGUGUAUGUGCCUGCUGGCGGAAAGCAGCUCAUAACCUUCAUGGAUGACCUCAACAUGCCAGCCAAGGACACGUUUGGGUCGCAGCCCCCUCUUGAGCUCCUUCGUCUCUGGAUAGACUAUGGCUUUUGGUACGACCGGCAGAAUCAAAACAUCAAAUAUGUCAAGGACAUGUUCAUCAUGGCAGCCAUGGGUCCUCCUGGGGGAGGUCGCUCGAUUAUCUCCAGUCGACUGCAGAGCAGAUUUAAUCUCAUCAACAUGACCUUUCCGUCUGAAUCUCAAAUCAAACGCAUCUUUGGAACGAUGCUGAGUCAGAAGCUGCAGGAUUUCGAGGAGGAGGUGAAACCAGUAGGAGAAGUCAUCACCCAGGCCACCAUAGAGCUCUACAACGCAAUCACGCAGAGGUUCCUCCCGACGCCUGCCAAGAUCCACUACCUGUUUAACCUAAGAGAUAUCUCGAAGGUGUUUCAGGGGAUGCUGAGAGCUCACCGGGAUCUCCAUGAUACCAAACAAAGCAUCACCAGACUUUGGGUGCACGAGUGCUUCAGGGUCUUCUCUGAUCGUCUCGUGGAUUCAUCAGACGCCGAAGCUUUCGUCGGUAUCCUGAGCGAGAAACUGGGGUCUCUUUUUGACUUGACCUACCACAACCUGUGUCCAAGCAAACAGCCCCUCUUGUUCGGUGACUUCCUGCACGAGCCUCCCGUAUAUGAAGAUAUUGCAGAUUUCCAGGCUCUGAAAACGUUUAUGAAGACCCAGCUGGAAGAGCAGAGCCGCGUUCCUGGAGCCGGCGCCAAGAAACUGGUCUUAUUCACAGACGCCAUCCAGCACGUUGCCCGCAUCGUGCGUGUGAUUGGCCAGCCAAGGGGGAACAUGUUACUGGUUGGCAUCGGGGGCAGCGGGAGGCAGAGCCUGGCACGACUGGCAUCCUUUAUCUGCGACUACAAGGUCUUUCAGCUGGAGGUGACCAGGGGGUAUCGCAAGCAGGAGUUCCGAGAAGACCUGAAGAAGCUGUACCGCCUGGCCGGGGUAGAGGGCCGCCCUUCCGUCUUCCUCCUGACAGACACCCAGAUCACGGAUGAGUCGUUCCUCGAAGACGUCAACAACGUGCUGAGCUCUGGGGAGGUCCCCAAUCUGUACAAGGCGGACGAGUUUGAGGAGAUCAAGACUUUGUUGCAGGAGAAGGCUCGGAGUGAGAACGUCCCUGAAACCCCGGAAAGUCUCUACAACUUCCUGAUAGAGAGAGUACGAAACAACCUACACAUAGUGCUCUGCAUGAGCCCCGUGGGGGACCCCUUCCGGAAUCGAAUCCGUCAGUAUCCGGCCCUCGUGAACUGCACGACCAUCAACUGGUUUUCCGAGUGGCCACAAGAAGCUCUUCUGGAAGUAGCUGAGAAAUAUUUGGAAGGCGCUGAAUUGGGUGAUAUGGAAGGGAUCCACGCAAAGGUGUCCCGCAUAUUUGUGACAAUGCAUCGCUCGGUCGCUGAAUAUUCACACAAAAUGAAAGUUGAAAUGAGGAGACAAAACUACAUCACGCCAACCAGCUACCUGGAAGUGGUAUCUAGAUACAAGAGGCUCCUGGCUGAGAAACGCGCCGAGCUCGGGGAGAAGGCCACCAAACUCAAGAACGGGCUCUUUAAGAUCGACGAGACCCGGGAGAAGGUGGAGAAAAUGUCCGAGGAGCUGGCGGUGGCACGCAGCAAAGUGGCCGAGUACCAGAAGCAGUGCGAGGAGUAUCUGGUCAUCAUCGUCCAGCAGAGGAGGGAGGCCGACGAGCAGCAGAAGGCCGUCGCAGCUCACAGCGAGAAGAUCGCGGCCGAGGAGAUAAAGUGCAAGACUCUGGCAGAAAAUGCGCAGAAGGACCUCGAGGAGGCCCUUCCCGCCCUGGAGGAGGCCAUGAGGGCUCUGGAGUCACUGAACAAGAAGGACAUGACGGAAAUAAAGUCGUACGGGCGCCCACCAGUGCAGGUGGAAACGGUGAUGCAAGCUGUCAUGAUUCUAAGAGGAAACGAACCAACGUGGGCCGAGGCCAAGAGGCAGCUGGGAGAGUCCAACUUCAUCAAGCAGCUCAUCAACUUCGAUAAAGACAAUAUCUCCGAGCGGACUCUGAAGAAGAUCGGGCAGUACUGCGCGCAGGCGGAUUUCCAGCCGGACACGGUUGGCCGGGUGUCCCUGGCUGCCAGGUCCUUGUGUAUGUGGGUGCGAGCCAUGGAGAUGUAUGGCCGUAUAUAUAAAGUGGUGGAGCCGAAACGCGCCCGGAUGAACGCGGCAAUGGCUCAGCUGGCCGAGAAGCAGGCGUCGCUGGCCGAGGCGCAGAACAAGCUCCGAGAGGUGGGCGAGCGCCUGGAGAAGCUGAAGAUGCAGUACGAUGAGAAAUUGGCCCAAAAGGAGCAGCUGAGAUCCGAGGCCGAGCUCAUGGAGGUGAAACUUGAGCGCGCAGGAACACUGGUGACCGGACUGGCCGGGGAAAAGUCCAGAUGGGAAGAAACCGUGAAGGGCCUAGAGGAUGACCUGGGCUUCCUCGUCGGUGACUGUCUGUUGGCUUCAGCCUUUUUGUCAUAUAUGGGGCCGUUCCUCUCCAGCUACCGCGAGGAGAUCCUGCAAAUCUGGAUUAAAGAGGUUAAAGAGAUGCUCGUUCCUUGCUCCCCCAACUUCUCCCUGACCAGCUUCCUAUCGAGUCCUACGAUGGUGCGAGAGUGGAACCUGCGGGGCCUUCCGUCCGAUAGCUUCUCCAGUGAUAAUGGUGUCAUCGUCACUCGGGGGAACAGGUGGCCAUUAAUGAUCGACCCCCAGGGACAAGCCACCAAGUGGAUCAAGAGCAUGGAGUCAACCAAGAACCUCAAGGUGAUUGACCUCCAGAUGGCAGAUUUUAUGAGGGUCGUGGAACAGGCUGUCCAGUUUGGGAGCCCCGUGCUGCUUCAGAAUGUCCAGGAGGAUCUAGACCCAUCCUUGUCGCCCAUCUUGAACAAAUCUGUCACUAAAGUUGGUGGGAAGCUGCAGAUUCGUCUCGGGGAUAAGGAUGUCGUGUAUAAUCCAGAAUUCCGAUUCUACAUAACAACCAAACUAUCCAAUCCGCAUUACACCCCCGAGAUAAGCUCUCAGACAACCAUCGUGAACUUUGCCGUGAAGGAGCAGGGGCUGGAGGCACAGUUAUUGGGCAGCGUGGUCCGGAAAGAGCGCCCAGAGCUGGAGGACCAGAAGCAGUCCCUCGUUCUCAACAUUGCCGCCGGGAAACGGAAGCUGCAGGAGCUGGAGGACGAGAUCCUCAGGCUCCUGAAUGAAGCCACAGGCUCUCUUCUGGAUGAUGUUCAGCUGGUCAACACCUUAAAAACAUCAAAAGUGACGGCGAGUGAAGUCAGUGAACAGCUGGAGACCAGCGAGGAGACUGAAGAGAAGAUAGACACCGCCAGAGAGGCGUAUCGCCCCUGUGCCCAGCGGGCAUCUCUGCUGUUUUUUGUAUUGAAUGACCUGGGGCGUAUCGAUCCGAUGUACCAGUUCUCUCUGGACUCCUACAUGGACCUCUUCCACCUGAGCAUCGAUAAGAGCAAGCGUAGCAACAACCUGGAGGAGAGAAUCAACAACCUCAACGACUAUCACACCUACGCUGUGUACAGAUACACGUGUCGCGCGUUGUUUGAGCGGCAUAAGUUACUCUUCAGCUUCCAGAUGUGCGCCAAGAUCCUGGAGGUGGCAGGAAAACUUAACAUGGAUGAAUACAAUUUCUUCCUGCGUGGUGGAGUGGUUCUGGACCGGGAUGAGCAGAUGGAUAACCCCUGCCCGGGGUGGCUCUCUGAUGCCAACUGGGACAAUAUUACUGAACUGGACAAGCUGGCAAACUUCCACGGUCUCAUGAACUCGUUUGAGCAGUACCCCCGGGACUGGAACCUGUGGUACACGAGCCCCGAGCCUGAAAACGCCUGCCUGCCGGGCGAAUGGGAAAACGCGUGCAGCGAGAUGCAGAGGAUGCUUAUCGUCCGCUCCCUGCGCCAGGACCGCGUGGCCUUCUGCGUCACGGCUUUCAUCAUCAACAACCUGGGGUCCAAGUUCACCGAGCCCCCGGUGCUGGACAUGAGAGCGGUGGUUGAGGACUCGCUGCCCCGCUCCCCGCUGGUCUUUGUGCUGUCCCCCGGGGUGGACCCUACAGGUUCUCUUCUUCAGCUGGCCGAUCAGUGCGGCAUGUCCCAGCGCUUCCAGGCCCUCUCUCUGGGACAAGGACAGGCUCCGAUCGCUACCCGAAUGAUCAAGGAAGGAGUCAAAGAAGGGUACUGGGUCUUCCUGGCCAAUUGCCAUCUGUCUCUGUCUUGGAUGCCCCAGCUGGACAAGCUGGUGGAGCAGCUGCAGGUGGAGGAUCCGCACCCCGACUUCAGGCUCUGGCUCAGCUCCAGCCCGCACCCGGACUUCCCCAUCUCCAUCUUACAGGCCAGCGUAAAGAUGACGACGGAGCCCCCCAAGGGCCUGCGCGCCAACAUGAAGCGUCUGUACCAAUCGAUAACGGAGCCCCAGUUCACCCGCUGCACCAAGACCUCCGCCUACCGGCGGCUGCUGUUCUCCCUCUGCUUCUUCCACAGCGUCCUGAUAGAGCGGCGCAAGUUCCUCCAGCUGGGGUGGAACAUCGUCUACGGCUUCAAUGACUCCGACUUCGAGGUGUCGGAGAACCUGCUGAGCCUCUACCUGGAUGAAUAUGAGGAAACGCCUUGGGACGCUCUUAAAUAUCUGAUUGCCGGGGUCAAUUAUGGUGGCCAUGUGACCGACGACUGGGACCGGCGACUUCUGGGCACCUACAUUAAUGAUUAUUUCUGUGAACAAGCGCUGACUGCCCCGUUCUACAGACUGUCCUCGCUAGACACAUACUACAUACCCCGCGAUGGAGCGCUGGCAUCAUACAAGGAGUUCAUCAACAUGCUGCCAUCCAGCGAUCACCCCGAGGCCUUCGGACAGCACCCCAACGCUGACAUCGCCAGCCAGAUCACCGAAGCACAUACCCUGUUUGACACUCUGCUGUCUCUGCAGCCCCAAACUACCCCUAGUGUGCACGGGGGGCAGAGUCGAGAGGAAAAGGUGUUGGAGUUGGUGGGUGACGUUCGUGAGAAGAUUCCACAGGAGAUCGACUAUGAAGGAACGAGAAAAGUUCUGAGUGAUGACCCCAGCCCCCUGAAUGUUGUGUUACUUCAGGAGAUCCAGAGAUACAACGCACUGAUAAACACCAUCAGGUCCUCUCUCCUUGACCUGGAACGCGGGAUAGAGGGCUUGGUGGUCAUGUCUACUGAGCUGGAGGAGAUAUUUACCUGCAUACACGAUGCCCGUGUGCCCCCACUCUGGGAAAAGGCCUACCCUUCCCUGAAGCCACUGGCCGCCUGGACCCGGGACUUGGCUCUUCGCGUGGAGAUGUUCGCUCGUUGGGCAGAGACCGCUCACCCGCCUGUCCUGUACUGGCUCUCAGCAUUCACCUUCCCCACCGGCUUCCUGACUGCUGUCCUACAGAGCGCGGCGAGACAGAAUAACAUCUCCGUUGAUUCUCUGUCCUGGGAGUUCAUCGUUUCCACCGUAGAUGAUAAUAACCUUGUGUAUCCCCCAAAGGACGGAGUGUGGGUCCGCGGUCUGUAUCUGGAGGGGGCCGGCUGGGACAAGAAGAAUUCGUGUCUGGUGGAAGCCGAGCCGAUGCAGCUGGUUUGCCCUCUGCCGACCGUGCACUUCCGCCCCACCGAGAGCAAAAAGAAGAGCAGCAAAGGACUGUAUUCCUGUCCGUGUUACUAUUACCCGGUGCGUUCCGGUACCGCGGGCCGGGCCUCCUUCGUCAUCGGAGUGGAUCUCCGAACCGGAGCCGCGUCCGCCGAGCACUGGAUCAAAAGGGGAACAGCGCUACUCAUGAGCCUGGACAGCUAACGUGUCAAUGAUCCGCCUCCCAGCGGAGUCGGGCUCUGGGCAGGGAACCAGCUCUCCGUACCGGCCGCUAAAGGCAGGGAACUGUACGUGUAUUUUAUACCUGUGCGCAUGCACCACACUUGUUAAUAAAAUGUGUUUUCCUUAAA